AUGGCUCCAAAACCUCCAACAGCAGUCACAAGGCCUCCUAUUAGUGAUUCAAGUCUUGUGUACGUUCCCGAGGAUGUAGUUGAAGGUUAUCAGGAACGCAUAGAAACAGGAAUAGACUGGACACUAAUUGAACUUGGAGCUCAACACCAUAGAAGAAAAGCUAUUAACAGAGAAGCUAUUCCCACAAUUACUUUCUCUGAUGGGCUGAUAAAUAAAAUUAACAGAGGUUACUUGAAGGGGUUUUUGGAUGACACAUCUUGUAUCAAUCUUGAUCAACAGUGGGAACAAAUCUUGCCAGCAACAUUAUGGGAUAACGAGAAAUUUGCGACAGAUGAAGGGAAAAUAUUAUUUAAUGGCAUAAACUGUCUCACUGAUGACCUAAUUAAAUUGAUUUAUAAAGCCGUGGUUACAGGCAACCGCGAUACUUUGUGGAGUGAGUUAAAGAUGGCGGAAGUGUUGAGGGUGAAUAAUGAGAAGAUUACUGAAUUAGACGUCGGUCUUCUUGAGUUUAAAAAACUAGUAUCACUCAAUUUGUGUGGCAAUUACAUCAUGGAUAUUGAGCCGAACUUUAUACCACCAACGUUAAGAGCUCUUGAACUUCAAGCUAACCAUAUCUCCAAUAUUAAUUCAUUCGUAGAAAGUUUGCCUCAUCACUUAAUAUAUAUAGGGUUGGCCAAAAACUUGCUAACUGAUGAAAGUGUUGAUGCAUUUUCGCGGUUGCCAUUUAAUUUAACUGUUCUUGAUCUAUCAGAUAACGACAUCUAUCAUUUAGAUCCGUUACUGGAUGCCUUGGUCAGACUUCCUAAUUUAACCUCAUUGUACCUCGUGGGAAACCCUUGUUCGGUCUGUGCUACAUAUGCUCGGCUUAUUUUAAUGGUAUUACCACGUUUAAAAUGGCUAGAUUCUCGUCAAGUAUUGCCUACAGACCGAUCUCUUGAGCCUUACGAAGCCCAUCCUGAUGACUUGAGAUCGUCCUAUUUUUAUUUUACAGUUUUCCGAGUCAUGAGUGCUCCUCAACCACCAAAACCAGAAAAGGGCGCCACAACAGCAUUUCACGUAGAACUAGAAUUGCCAUUGCUGGAUGUGGAAAGAAGAAAGUUUUUAUUAUACCGUCGUUAUGAGUCUCUAACAGAAAUACUAGCACCGCCUGAAGAAGAGGAAGUAGAGAAAGCCAUAUCUACGGUUCUACGACCUAGCACUAAAGCUUUAAGUACGAUUAAAGGAAUUGAUGUAGACGAAGCCUCAUCUAAUGCGUCCAACGUCUACGAUCAUCUAGUAACCAAAUCUUCACGAGUGAUAAACAAUUUCACUACGUUUGAGAGCAACAAAAUACAGUGGGCAAAAGUAAUGAACUUCCAAGAACCCACAGUGAAGAUAUUCUGCCCUGAUCUGUUUGCCCUUAGAAAUACAUUUCGAAGCGUCAUAACCGUCAACCUCGUGUAUUCAAUAGUAUACGCAAAAUCGGGUAAGACGGAGAAGAAAAGCUCCCACGCCCUGAAAAUGCCAACGGAACAAAGAGUAGUUUUAGCUUCUAUUAAAUGUACUUUGAGGAACCCUGACUGGACCCAGCCUUCCCAACAUUUUCACUGGGACGACUCUCUCGGUACCGACGAAGCGAUUCACUGGGGUGAUCGAGAUCUUGCAGUAAUUCAGUACACCCAGGCGCCCGUAAAAGUGGUUAAAGGAAAACCAGAAGCUGAUCCAGCUACCAGCUCCCGUCAAUUGCCCCCGGAAAAUCUCACUUGUCACUUCGGUUUCGGAAUUGAGACCAUCCGUGCUUCCUAA